GCACUUGAACGCACCAUAACUUUAUGGCCAAAACAGCUAACAAAUGGUUAGCAACAGAGCAGUUAGCUAAAGCUUUGUUUCCUGCGUAGUGUAGCCAACUUGCUUCAACCUGUUGGAUUCACAAUUUAAUAUGUUUAACUCCGGCGAAAGACAAUGCUUUAUGUUGGAUAGGUAAUUUGGUUGCCUUAUUUAUUUCUAUUUACCUAGCUUUAACUCCAGCAACAAACCGAGGCUGAAGUAACUCAUAGUAGCUCAUAUUGAUAUUUUCUCCGGGAGUUAGCGUAAAGUAACGUAAAACUCUAGUAAAGUAUGUAAAGUUCGGGAAAUAAUAAAAUGUCAGUAAAAGUAAGUAGUUCAACGUUAACUAUUUUUUUCUGAUAAUCUUCGACAACUGAACGAGGAAAUGUAUCAGAACCUGGUCAGUCCCAUGUACUGCUCCGUUUAUCUUCUGAUAUCUUUGCCAAAAUUAUUUAUUUCUCUACCACAUAGUUCAGCAUAUGUGAGACAGUAUUAGUGUAGUCAAAUUAGAGAAAUUGAAAUACUUUGUAUUAGUAAAUAAAAAUCCAUUCAUUGGUCAUGGCGAGUGCCUUCGCUGCAAAGAUGGGAUUUAACUCACUGUUGAGAAAACAAUCCAGGACCUUCAGCGUCAGGAUAUGCACGAUGGAGUCAGACUUGGAGUUCAGCUGUGAGGUCAAGUGGAAAGGAAAAGACCUUUUUGACAUGGUGUGCCGAGCUCUGGGACUAAGAGAGACAUGGUUCUUUGGUCUCCAGUACAACAUCAAGGACACUGUUGCUUGGCUGAAGAUGGAGAAGAAGGUUCUAGAUCAGGAGGUGCCAAAGGAGGAGCCAAUCACCCUUCACUUCCUGGCCAAGUUUUACCCCGAAAAUGCUGAGGAAGAGUUGGUGCAAGAUAUCACACAGCAUCUCUUCUUCUUACAAGUGAAGAAGAACAUCCUGGAGGAGGAGAUACACUGUCCACCAGAGGCAUCUGUGCUGUUGGCCUCCUAUGCUGUCCACGCCAAGUACGGAGACUAUGACCCUAGUGUUCACAAACCUGGCUUCCUGGCAGAGGAGGAAUUGCUGCCAAAGAGGGUGAUUAACUUGUACCAAAUGACUGCAGAAAUGUGGGAGGAGAGGAUCACGGCAUGCUAUGCUGAGCACAGGGGUAGAACAAGGGAUGAAGCUGAGAUGGAGUAUUUAAAAAUAGCUCAGGACCUGGACAUGUAUGGUGUCAAUUACUUUUUAAUCAGGAACAAAAAAGGAACUGAUCUUCUCCUGGGCGUGGAUGCCCUGGGUCUACACAUCUACGAGCAGGACAAUAGACUGACACCCAAGUGCUCCUUCCCCUGGAACGAGAUCCGCAACAUCUCCUACAGCGAUAAGGAGUUCACGAUCAAACCUCUAGACAAAAAGACCAAUGUUUUCAAGUUCAACUCUUCACGUCUGAGAGUAAACAAGUUGAUCCUUCAGCUGUGUAUAGGAAACCAUGACCUGUUUAUGCGUCGGCGGCGGAUAGACUCGCUUGAAGUGCAGCAGAUGAAGGCACAGGCCAGAGAGGAGAGGGCCAGAAAACAGGUGGAGCGGCAGCGUCUGCAAAGGGAGAAGCAACUGCGGGAGGAGGCAGAGAGAGCCAGGGAUGAGUUACAGAGGCAGCUGAUUCAGCUGCAGGAUGAGGCUCACAUGGCCAAUGAUGCCCUGCUGCGUUCAGAACAGACGGCAGACCUGCUGGCUGAGAAGGCACAGAUCGCAGAGGAGGAGGCCAAGCUGCUGGCCCAGAAAGCUGCCGAGGCCGAGACAGAGAUGCAGCGCAUUAAAGUGACCGCCAUUAGGGGUCAGGAGGAGCGGCGGCUCAUGGAGCAGAAGAUGCUAGAGGCAGAGAUGCUGGCUCUCAAAAUGGCAGAGGAGUCAGAUAGGAGGGCCAAGGAGGCUGAGCAUCUGAAACAGGACCUGCAAGAAGCUAGGGAGGCGGAGCGCAGGGCAAAGCACAAGCUGCUGGAGAUCACCAGCAAGGCUGUCUAUAUGUCUCCUGGACUCCCGCCUGACUGCAUGCCUCGUGACCUGAGCUUCAGCAGGGAGAACCUCAGCUUUGACUUUAAAGAUACUGAUAUGAAACGCCUCUCCAUGGAGAUCGAAAAAGAGAAAGUUGAGUACAUGGAGAAGAGCAAGCACUUGCAGGAGCAGCUGAAUGAGCUGAAGACAGAGAUUGAAAGUCUGAAGCUGAAGGAGAGAGAGACUCCUCUGGACAUCAUUCACAACCACAACACAGAGCAGGGGACCAGCAAGCACAGCAACUUUAAAAAGCUAACACUGCAGAGCACCAAGACCAGAGUUGCCUUCUUUGAGGAACUUUAAACUACUUACCUUUAAAGGCAGGGAUACACAACUGCCAACAGCAACGUCUACAUUCCUGGUCAGAGUAAGUGACUAACUGCACUACAAGGCCUUAUAACCCACCUCUGGGAAACCACUAUUAAAAUAACACUAUGGAGGAAAAAUGACCACUACCUUGAUCUGUGCAAUCUCCUUGGGCUUCAUGUGUAAACACAAAAAGACUGUACAUGUAAUGUUCCUUUAAAAGUCUGUUGUAAUAAUUCUCCGAUUUUGCUUUAAAACUGUGUUUACAGCGAGUGGGUGAACUGCAGAGCAUUCCUCUUAAACAUUUUGAAGUGAAUUGCCCUUGGGUUUUAUUAGUGUCACAAUGAAGGUUGACCAUGCAAAAAAGGGAAAGAACAGGCAGUGAAUAUGGACGGCCCCUGUUACACUGUGGGCUUAAUGAAACGGUAUUGGUGGAGUUUACGAUCGUUAUCAUAUCAUGUCCUACUGGGAUGACCUACAUUUGCCUGUUCACAAUGGUUUUGAAAUUUGAAGAGAAACUUAAUGCUCAAAGUUAAAAGUUGAACAAGACAAUGUGUGAUCAUUAGGCUGAUACUCUGACCCAGUUCAGCAGUGUGCAGUAUCUGUAUAUUUUAGACGUGUUAUUUCCAUUUUAUUCAAAAGUGCCAAUUUAUAUCAUAUAUAUACUAUAUAUACUUUUUUUUUCUUUUUAGUGGCAUGAAUUAAUGAAAAAGUGAAUGUUCCAAAGGAAAUGCAGUCAUUUAUUGCUAAACGUGGGAGUUGAUGGGCUGUGAUGGAUUUGGUGAAGUGUAGAUAAAGCCUUUUAAAUGAGGCGUAAGGACUUAUGUUUACACCUUAUACACAUGACGAGGUUAUGUUACAUAUCUCUGGCUGCUUACAGCAGUUGAUGAAUGUGUUCUUUGAGACUUAGUGCACUGUGCUCUCCUGAUAGUGAGGAGAUGAUCCUUUGUACCACGUUGCUCUUAGGAACUAAAUUGGAUGAAGGAGCUGUGAUUUUUUUUAUUUUAUUUUUUUUAUGAUUUUUUUUUUAUGAUGUGAGCUUAUGUCACACCUAUCAUCUAUUUUUUUCUGAAAGCAACCACUCUUUCAAGUGUCUUAUUGAAUUGCUAUACUCUUCCUUUGAAAGAAAUAUCUUUUUUGGGAAUUAUAAUGUGAAGAACAUGUUUCCUGUCUGAAUUGAACAAAAAUAGAAAGCAGUAUUUAAAAUGAAACCUGUGGUGAAUUUAUAGGACAUAUAUCUCUGGAUUAACGUUGUGAUAUUGAUAUUUGUGCUUUGCUUGUAAAAUAAUAAAAAAAAAGACGAAAUGAGGUUUGAUA